AUGACGUGCAGAGAGUUUGAAGGAGUGCGUUCAGACCAGGACAGAUCCACAGACCAGGACAGACCCACAGACCAGGACAGACCCACAGACAAGGACAGAUCCACAGACAAGGACAGACCCACAGACCAGGACAGACCCACAGACCAGGACAGAUCCACAGACCAGGACAGAUCCACAGACAAGGACAGACCCACAGACCAGGACAGACCCACAGACAAGAAUAGACCCACAGACAAGGACAGAUCCACAGACAAGGACAGACCCACAGACCAGGACAGACCCACAGACAAGGACGGAUCCACAGACCAGGACAGACCCACAGACCAGGACAGACCCACAGACCAGGACAGACCCACAGACAAGAAUAGACCCACAGACAAGGACGGAUCCACAGACAAGAAUAGACCCACAGACAAGGACGGAUCCACAGUACAGGAUAGACCCACAGACCAGGACAGACCCACAGACCAGGACAGACCCACAGACAAGAAUAGACCCACAGACAAGGACGGAUCCACAGACAAGAAUAGACCCACAGACAAGGACGGAUCCACAGACCAGGACAGACCCACAGACAAGAAUAGACCCACAGACAAGAACAGACCCACAGACAAGGACAGACCCACAGACCAGGACAGACCCACAGACAAGAAUAGACCCACAGACAAGGACGGAUCCACAGACAAGAAUAGACCCACAGACAAGAAUAGACCCACAGACAAGGACAGAGACACAGACCAGGACAGACCCACAGACAAGGACAGACCCACAGACAAGGACAGACCCACAGACCAGGACAGACCCACAGACAAGAAUAGACCCACAGACAAGAAUAGACCCACAGACAAGGACAGACCCACAGACCAGGACAGACCCACAGACAAGAAUAGACCCACAGACAAGGACGGAUCCACAGACAAGAAUAGACCCACAGACAAGGACGGAUCCACAGACCAGGACAGACCCACAGACAAGAAUAGACCCACAGACAAGGACAGACCCACAGACCAGGACAGACCCACAGACAAGAAUAGACCCACAGACAAGGACGGAUCCACAGACCAGGACAGACCCACAGACAAGAAUAGACCCACAGACAAGAACAGACCCACAGACAAGGACAGACCCACAGACCAGGACAGACCCACAGACAAGAAUAGACCCACAGACAAGGACGGAUCCACAGACAAGAAUAGACCCACAGACAAGAAUAGACCCACAGACAAGGACAGAGACACAGACCAGGACAGACCCACAGACAAGGACAGACCCACAGACAAGGACAGACCCACAGACCAGGACAGACCCACAGACAAGAAUAGACCCACAGACAAGAAUAGACCCACAGACAAGGACAGACCCACAGACCAGGACAGACCCACAGACAAGAAUAGACCCACAGACAAGGACGGAUCCACAGACCAGGACAGACCCACAGACAAGAAUAGACCCACAGACAAGGACAGACCCACAGACCAGGACAGACCCACAGACAAGAAUAGACCCACAGACAAGGACGGAUCCACAGACCAGGACAGACCCACAGACAAGAAUAGACCCACAGACAAGGACAGACCCACAGACCAGGACAGACCCACAGACAAGAAUAGACCCACAGACAAGGACGGAUCCACAGUACAGGAUAGACCCACAGACCAGGACAGACCCACAGACAAGAAUAGACCCACAGACAAGAAUAGACCCACAGACAAGAAUAGACCCACAGACAAGAAUAGACCCACAGAUAAGGACAGAUCCACAGACCAGGACAGACCCACAGACAAGAAUAGACCCACAGACCAGGACAGACCCACAGACAAGGACAGACCCACAGACCAGCACAGACCCACAGACAAGAAUAGACCCACAGACAAGAAUAGACCCACAGACAAGGACGGAUCCACAGACAAGAAUAGACCCACAGACAAGAAUAGACCCACAGACAAGGACAGAGACACAGACCAGGACAGACCCACAGACAAGGACAGACCCACAGACAAGGACAGACCCACAGACAAGAAUAGACCCACAGACAAGAAUAGACCCACAGACAAGGACAGACCCACAGACAAGAAUAGACCCACAGACAAGGACAGACCCACAGACAAGAAUAGACCCACAGACAAGGACGGAUCCACAGACCAGGACAGACCCACAGACAAGAAUAGACCCACAGACAAGGACAGACCCACAGACAAGAAUAGACCCACAGACAAGGACGGAUCCACAGUACAGGAUAGACCCACAGACCAGGACAGACCCACAGACAAGAAUAGACCCACAGACAAGAAUAGACCCACAGACAAGGACAGACCCACAGACAAGAAUAGACCCACAGAUAAGGACAGACCCACAGACAAGAAUAGACCCACAGACAAGGACGGAUCCACAGUACAGGAUAGACCCACAGACAAGAAUAGACCCACAGACAAGAAUAGACCCACAGACAAGAAUAGACCCACAGACAAGAAUAGACCCACAGACCAGGACAGACCCACAGACCAGGACAGACCCACAGACAAGAAUAGACCCACAGACAAGAAUAGACCCACAGACAAGAACACACAGACAAGAAUAGACCCACAGAUAAGGACAGACCCACAGACAAGAAUAGACCCACAGACAAGGACGGAUCCACAACCAGUAAUCCAACAGAAAGCGAAAGUAUCUCCACCCCCCGGAGGUGCUCUCGCUGUUGCAGUAACCCGUGUCCAGGGCCUCUGUGGUGCUCCUGAUGCCCCUCUCCCACCCCUGAAGAUCCCAGGUGGGCGAGGGAAUGACCAGAGGGAUCACAAUCUUUCAGCUAAGCUAUUCUACUCUGAUGCUCAGUUGCUAGUUCUUGAAGAGCCCGCUCCUGCUAACAGCCGAGUGCGCUUCUUGCUGUUUGAGCCUAAACGUUCGGAGGGCAAGCACAGCGUGUGGAGGGCUGCGCUGAAGGGAGGGAACCUGUACGUCGAAAUCCCUCCUGGAGCUUUGCCCGAGGGCAGCAAAGAUGGGUUUGCUCUUCUGCUCGAAUUCGCUGAAGUGCAACUACAAGCCAACCACGUGUUCAUCUGUUUUCACAAGAAUCGUGACGACCGAGCAUCUCUUUUGCGGACCUUCAGUUUCCUGGGCUUUGAGAUUGUGAGACCGGGCCAUCCCCUUGUCCCCUCCCGCCCUGACGCUUUCUUCAUGGCUUACAGCAUCGAGCGAGACUCCUCAUCCGACGACGAUUAA